AUGCAAAUAUCUCUACCAAACGUUCCCAUUAGGAAUUUGAGUCUUCUUCAAGUUUUAUAUUAUUUAGAUUUGGGACUGAUUGACACUAUUUAUUUAAUAGUCAAAACCAGUCAACAUACGCUGGGAGACCUCCAUUCUGCGUUGUUACUGAAUGUUGCCCAUAUUCUAGAAUUGUCCACCUUUCGAGAUGACAUCGGUCACCUUGAGAACGCAUUUUUAACCGAACGAGGCAUUGACGAAGAAGAAUUUUCCGUAAAAGUGGAGCCAACUGAUGACGGAAACGAUGACACCGAUGACACGUUCGUCCCAAACCAUAAAAGGUUAAAAGUUGAAGAUACUGAGCCUGAUGCUAACGACUAUCGUAGUGAAGAUGAAGAUGACGAUAAAGAAAAAGACGAAAUCCCAAAGGUAGCUCCUGCUAUUGUCGAAAAUCGUCACGUUACUCGUGAGAAGAUGAAGGAACUUAUCCGGGAUUUCAAGUCCCCUUUCAGCACCCUUUCACCCCAAGAAAUGCAGCACAAACCGAACAAAAUUCCAUUUCAGCCCACAGACACGCUUGAAUCGUACGAAAUCGCAGUUCGUAGUGCAGCUACAUAUGUUUCGGAACAGACGGUGAACCGGUACUACGAACAGGUCGUCCUGGCGCACAAUUUUGGCGAAAUUUUAGACGGGCUGCAGGCAAAUUUCAACAUGGAAAAGAGGACACGAAGACUUAAUAUCAAAUGGCCUGAUUACUUAGCCGGUCUUAAAGUUACAAGCGUUGGUGUACCCAGUUUAAAGAAAUAUGUCUCAUUUUUCCGCUUGUGUAAAGCUUAUCCCCGCCUUUUACGGGUCAAGAAGACGUAUUCAUACUUGUCAAGUAACGUCAAGCUUAUUAGAAGGGCAAUCGAAGUUUGUGGAGAGAGGGAUUUUUUUAUGCAUGUUUAAUUUAUGCAGGAAUUUCAUUUAUGCAAAGUGUGUUGUGCAUAAAUGAGUAACCGACUUGCUAAUUAACUAUUAAUUCAAUAAUGUAAUAUGUAUGUACUAGCGAAUAAGCCCGUCUCCCGCCGGGCCAGCGAGAAUUAUUAGCUGCAAAUG